CCGACCCUUCUUUUUGGAGCAUCCUACACUCCACUCUGACUACUUAGGUAGUUUACUUUGUACAACUGUUAGCCACUCUCUGUAUACGUUCCAGGUCGUAUGAAUCCUCCCACCGCCCUUUCUCUGCACCGCGACGCCAUCCGCGCUACUCGUCUCCAUAGUCACGUCCGUCCCAUGGGGACUCGAUGAGCUCUGCACAGCUGCCACAGACGAAGGGAGACACGCAGUACAAUGUCCGCGAUGCAGCCCUCCUCGGCGCCUCUUCUGCCUUUGCGAAACCCGCCCUGAAGCCGAAACCCCUGCCAAGCACCUAUACCAGCGGAAACAACGGCGCUUUGCUCGCAGCUGCAAAAGCUGGAUCUGGCAUGUCGCGCAGCGCUCCGAGCCAGCCGGAAGCAUCUCCACUGCAGAGGGAUGGGCCUGGUGCAACCCGUCCUUCUAAGCCGCCCUCUCCGCCCCGACUUCCCACCCCGUCGACCAGCUCACGCCCCCUGGGUAUGCCGGAAGGCCCCAACGCCGACCGCACACCGUCACCUUCGAACAUUGCUGCGAAGAUUGCGGCCGCAAGAUUCAGCCCCAUGAAGCCCAGCACACCUCAGAUACUAGAGGAGCGCAGUGUCGACGAGAAUGAUAUGUUCCCUCCCCCUGGGAGCGUUAGCAACGUCCUGGCGCAGCUGGAACAGCGUCCGUUGGAACAGGCACCGCUGAGGAGACCAGGCAACACCCAGCCACGCUCUUCCACUGCGAGCACUAUCCACAUGGCGGAAGAGACGCAGACGGACAGUGAACCUCUUCCGCCUGCUAGUGGCCAUGUCAGAACUCCGGCAGAGCCACCGGCUGCCCCACGGAAACAAGUUUCUGUUCCUCCUGUCAGGUCACCAAAACCCCAAAGGGCAUACCAUCUUUCGUUCGAUGAAAAGGUCGAGCCUCCCCGAGAGACCGAGGCUACGCUAGUCAAGCUUUCGGAGAAGCCAAAACCGGCAGUGAAGCCCAAACCAGGACCAGUUUCUAUGGAUUCCGGGCAUGAUGGACUGAAACUGCGCAAAGAAGGGCCUCUUGUUCCGCUUCUACCCCAGAAAUCGCUUCCAUCGACAGCGGCAGGUCCUAUUGCUCGGCCCAAACCACCGCAGCAGGAAAAACACCACUUGUCUGAGGUAAACCUGGAUAACGCGACUCGUCCAGUUCGUAUCCAGAGUCGUGUGUCCAGCACAAUGUCUGUAGAAAGUACUGGAAAUGCAUCCUCAGCAUCGUCCUACAUGUCCGCUCAGGAGCAGCUGGAAGAAGUAAAGGAGAAGGGCAAGCCGGUGCCUCCACCUCCUCGCCGGUCUACCAAAGGGCCUAGUGGGUCACUCGCAAGCCGUGAUCGUCCGAAAGCAGCACCAGAACCGCCUCAACCCCUUCAAAGGCCAGCAUCGAACAGCCAGUUUCCCUUGCCUAUCUCUAGGAUAGACCACUCUUCACCGGUGGAAACGGCGCUCCACUCCAAUUAUCAACGGCAGUCAGCUAAACAGGUGACCAGACACCUCACGGGGGAGUCUCUUUCCAACGCCAUGAUAGGUGCAGCCCUAGCCUCCUCCCGGACGGCAUCUCCUGGACCGACACCGGCUCUACGCGCCCAACUUCCUCCUCGAAAACAUCAUCCUCAUCAUCCUCAUCAUCCUCAUCAUCACCAUUUGCCUCUGCACCACGAUCGUUCACCGUCGCCUCAGAAGCCGACGGGUAAACUGCGAACAACGCUCCGGAAAGAGCCGUCCUCGUCUGACGAGAAGGACGACGCCGAGAAGUACAAGAGAAAAGGUACGAGGGUUAUGGGGAUGAGGAAGAAGCACCCGAACAAGCAUCAUGAAGGCACUCGCAAACGCUGGCGCGACAUUGUUACCGAGCGCGAGCGUAAGCGAUAUGAGGGCGUAUGGGCGGCGAACAAAGGUCUAUACAUUCCAUCCUCCGACGCUCCUCAGGCCGCACGCAGUAUCUACCUCGAUGACCCCGCGCACGAUGUCCUGAAUUUGGUGGUCAGAGAGAUCUGGCAGCGGAGUCGACUAGCGGACCACGUGUUGGAAGAAGUGUGGGACCUGGUGGAUGCGAGGGGGCUCGGCCGUUUGCGGAGAGAGGAGUUUGUCGUUGGCAUGUGGCUCAUCGAUCAGAGGCUCAAGGGGCGAAAGCUUCCCCUCCGCGUCAGUGAGAGUGUGUGGGGCAGUGUCCGAGGAGCUGGAGUCAAGAUUCGCGUCCGAAGAUAGAGGUACAUACUGUCGGUAGUGCGGCGUUUAUGCGUGUUAGUUUUAGAUACCCCCUAAUAUUGAGUUGCGAUUCCUGUAUGAU